GAGCACUUCCGGGUCGCUGGCACAGGGCUGCGGUUUCCGCGGCUGAGGAGGUGGUCACAGCGGGCUCCCUACCUGGCUCUGCUACCGCCGUGGCGGAAGCGCCUUCCCUCAGGUAGGCGGCGGCGGGGCCGGGAACGGGGAGGCCGCGGCGGGGCGGGAGGGACCGAGCGCUGUGCCCGCCGGAAGCCGUCCCCAGGCAGACGCAGCUGCGCGGGAGCAGCCGCUUUCCCGCUCUCCUCAGGCCGCGCUUAGUAGCCCGGCUUCUAGUUCUGAGACCAGGGACACACAGCGCUUGCGCUCCAGCUCCACAGUGAGGAGGGGAUUCCGAAGUUCUGCAGCUGCCGCCACCUUAAAAGAUUGGAGAUGGCCGAGCCAACUAGUUUUCAGCAGACGUUGGAGUCGCUGACAUCAAUGCAAGCCUGAAGAAAAAGUAAUCGCUUCCUUUUAAGCCAUGGCAUAUCAGUUAUACAGAAAUACAACUUUGGGGAACAGUCUUCAGGAGAGCCUUGAUGAGCUCAUACAGUCUCAACAGAUCACCCCCCAGCUUGCCCUUCAAGUUCUACUUCAGUUUGAUAAAGCUAUAAAUUCAGCAUUGGCUCAGAGAGUCAGGAACAGAGUCAAUUUCAGGGGCUCUCUAAAUACAUACAGAUUCUGCGAUAAUGUUUGGACUUUUGUAUUGAAUGAUGUUGAAUUCAGAGAGGUGACAGAACUUAUUAAAGUGGAUAAAGUGAAAAUUGUAGCCUGUGAUGGUAAAAAUACUGGCUCCAAUACUACGGAAUGAGUAGAGAAAUGCAGCUUUUUUUUUUUUUUUUUUGCCACCUUCUGUUAUUUUCAUCGAUUUUUGAAGAGAAACAUAGAAGAGACUUUUUUUUUUAUUUAUUCUCACGGUGCAGAAAUGACAACACUGUGCUAUAUAUACUACCCAAGGGUCCUACAGAGAGAAGCAUGAGACUCUGUUCUCUUAAAUGACCUUUAGUACACAGCAUAAAAAAAUGUAACUUUUUUUAAUGACAAAUCAAAAGUGGUUGCCUUCAUAAGAAUAUUCUUCAAUAAACUCGUUUUAAAACUU